GUGCCCGUUGGAGGUCACAAAGGUUCAGAAAAGAGAGUGAGGGUUGGAAAGAAAGAAUCUCAGAAGAGCUAUCAACACUUAAUUUUUAACUGAAUGUGGGGGAUUGCAUUUCACGCUUUGCACUUGGAGCUUGUCGGGUUCUGUAUUAAGCAGAAAGUUUGAUCUUCAGAUGUUUGCUAGGGAUUACAAUUCGGGCAUAACCUUGCUUUUGACUUUGUUGGUAUUGAUGCAAGUGUUCACUUUUGAAUUUGUGCUUUAUAAUAUCUAAAGUUUCAUAGUCUAGUCAUAUACCUCAUGUUGCAUUUAGCAAGUAGAAAGGUUGGGAGUGGACUCUUAAGUAGAAUUAGAGCAAACGUUUUUGAGAAUGUCAUAUGUAGAAAGAUUAGCACUUCUUCACGUAAACAGGCUGUUAUGCCAGCCUGGGUGAUUGAUAGAUAUGGGAAUAAUAGUAUGUUGCGCUUUACAAAAAAUUCUAUGUUUCCAAUUAUAUACUACCCCAAUGAAGUUAUGAUAAAAGUUCAUGCUUCCAGCUUAAAUCCUAUUGACAUCUCCAUGAGAAAUGGUUACGGUGCUGCUGCACUCAAAAUGAAACGUGACCCACUGCACAUAAAAGCUGCUGGGAGCGAAUUUCCUCUUAUCCUGGGCCGGGAUGUCUCGGGUGUUGUCAUGGAAACUGGACUGGAUGUGUCUUAUUUCAAACCUGGAGAUGAGGUCUGGGCGGCUGUGCCACCCUGGAAACAGGGAACGUUGGCAGAAUUUGUUGUGGCAAGUGCAAAUGAGGUGGCCCACAAGCCUAAAGCUCUCAGUCACAGCCAAGCUGCGGCCUUGCCUUAUGUGGCUCUGACUACGUGGUCAGCCCUAGUGAACAAUGGAGGACUGAAAAAAGACAACUGCAAAGGAAAACGGGUUCUGAUCUUCGGGGGUUCCGGAGGAAUUGGCACCUUUGCUAUUCAGCUUUUGAAAGCCUGGGGAGCCCAUGUGACCACGACCUGUUCCGAGAAUGCUUUCUCAUUCUUAAAAGAUUUGGGUGUGGAUCACGUCAUCAAUUAUAAAGCUCAGAGCUUGGAGAAACAGCUUAAGGAUCUGGAAACGUUUGACUUUAUCUUGGAUAAUGUGGGUGGACAGACUGAAGGCUGGGCCUUGAGCUUGCUGAAACCAUGGUCGGGAGCAACAUUCAUUACGUUAGUGACACCGUUCAUGAUCAACACUGAUAGACUUGGAAUUGCUAAUGGAAUAGCUAAGUCAGGGAUCACCUUGGGCAGCAAAAUCCUAAAGCAUUUGAGCCAGGGCAUUCACUAUCGCUGGGCCAUAUUUACCCCAAGUGGUCCAACGCUGGAUAAAGUAACGGAACUUGUGGAUGAAGGAAAGAUUCGACCAGUUGUUGAGCAGGUUUUCUCAUUCUCGGAAGUUCCCAAGGCUUUCCUGAAAAUGGAAGGUGGUCACGCACGAGGAAAGACCGUAAUCGACAGGAGUAAAGAAUGUUUAUAGGAGGAGUUAAAGAUCUGUACAAACCAGUUUUUGAUAUUAUAUCUAUUUAAUUCUACUUUGAAUAGUUGCAAUAAACAUUGUCUCCAGCAAA